CGGGGGCCUGUGCCAUGUGGAACAUGUGUAGAUGUUGAGAGGUUGAGUCUUACCACUGAGAAUGUUUGGAGGGUGAGUAUGGGUGGCAGAGGCAUACAUAAAGAGGCAGAGAGCCUUUGCCCCUGCCUUUCUCCCCCACCCAAGGCUGACCUGUGUUCUCCCAGGUCUGGGAUUCUAAGUGACCUGCUCUGUGUUUGGUCUCUCUCAGGGUGAGCACAAGCCUGGGAGAUGGCAGUGAUGGAAAUGGCCUGCCCAGGCGCCCCUGGCUCAGCAGUGGGGCAGCAGAAGGAACUCCCCAAAGCCAAGGAGAAGACGCCGCCACUGGGGAAGAAACAGAGCUCCGUCUACAAGCUUGAGGCCGUGGAGAAGAGCCCUGUGUUCUGCGGAAAGUGGGAGAUCCUGAACGACGUGAUUACCAAGGGCACAGCCAAGGAAGGCUCCGAGGCAGGGCCAGCUGCCAUCUCUAUCAUCGCCCAGGCUGAGUGUGAGAAUAGCCAGGAGUUCAGCCCCACCUUUUCAGAACGCAUUUUCAUCGCUGGGUCCAAACAGUACAGCCAGUCUGAGAGUCUUGAUCAGAUCCCCAACAAUGUGGCCCAUGCUACCGAGGGCAAAAUGGCCCGUGUGUGUUGGAAGGGAAAGCGUCGUAGCAAAGCCCGGAAGAAACGGAAGAAGAAGAGCUCAAAGUCCCUGGCUCAUGCAGGAGUGGCCUUGGCCAAACCCCUCCCCAGGACCCCUGAGCAGGAGAGCUGCACCAUCCCAGUGCAGGAGGAUGAGUCUCCACUCGGCGCCCCAUAUGUGAGAAACACCCCGCAGUUCACCAAGCCUCUGAAGGAACCAGGCCUUGGUCAACUCUGUUUUAAGCAGCUUGGCGAGGGCCUGCGACCAGCUCUGCCUCGAUCGGAACUCCACAAACUGAUCAGCCCCUUGCAAUGUCUGAACCACGUGUGGAAACUGCACCACCCCCAGGACGGAGGCCCCCUGCCCCUGCCCACGCACCCCUUCCCCUAUAGCAGACUGCCUCAUCCCUUCCCAUUCCACCCUCUCCAGCCCUGGAAACCUCACCCUCUAGAGUCCUUCCUGGGCAAACUGGCCUGUGUAGACAGCCAGCAACCCUUGCCUCACCCACACCUGAGCAAACUGGCCUGUGUAGACAGUCCAAAGCCCCUGCCUGGCCCACACCUGGAGCCCAGCUGCCCGUCUCGUGGUGCCCAUGAGAAGUUUUCUGUGGAGGAAUACCUGGUGCAUGCUCUGCAAGGCAGCGUGAGCUCAGGCCAGGCCCACAGCCUGACCAGCCUGGCCAAGACCUGGGCAGCAGGGGGCUCCAGACCCCGGGAGCCCAGCCCCAAAACUGAGGACAAUGAGGGCGUCCUGCUCACUGAGAAACUCAAGCCAGUGGAUUAUGAGUACCGAGAAGAAGUCCACUGGGCCACACACCAGCCCCGCCUGGGCAGAGGCUCCUUCGGAGAGGUGCACAGGAUGGAGGACAAGCAGACUGGCUUCCAGUGCGCUGUCAAAAAGGUGCGGCUGGAAGUAUUUCGGGCGGAGGAACUGAUGGCAUGUGCAGGAUUGACUUCACCCAGAAUUGUCCCUUUGUAUGGAGCUGUGAGGGAAGGGCCUUGGGUCAACAUCUUCAUGGAGCUGCUGGAAGGUGGCUCCCUGGGCCAGCUGGUCAAGGAGCAGGGCUGUCUCCCAGAGGACCGGGCCCUCUACUACCUGGGCCAGGCCCUGGAGGGGCUGGAAUACCUCCACUCACGAAGGAUUCUGCAUGGGGACGUCAAAGCUGACAACGUGCUCCUGUCCAGCGAUGGGAGCCAUGCAGCCCUCUGCGACUUUGGCCAUGCUGUGUGUCUUCAACCUGAUGGCCUGGGGAAGUCCUUGCUCACAGGGGACUACAUCCCUGGCACAGAGACCCACAUGGCUCCGGAGGUGGUGUUGGGCAGGCGCUGCGACGCCAAGGUGGACGUCUGGAGCAGCUGCUGCAUGAUGCUGCACAUGCUCAACGGCUGCCACCCCUGGACUCAGUUCUUCCGAGGGCCGCUCUGCCUCAAGAUUGCCAGCGAGCCUCCGCCUGUGAGGGAGAUCCCAGCCUCCUGUGCCCCUCUCACAGCCCAGGCCAUCCAAGAGGGGCUGAAGAAAGAGCCCGUCCACCGCGCGUCUGCAGCGGAGCUGGCAGGGAAGGUGAACCAGGCACUACAGCAAGUGGGAGGUCUGAAGAGCCCUUGGAGGGGAGAAUAUAAAGAACCAAGACAUCCACCACCAAAUCAAGCCAAUUAUCACCAGACCCUCCAUGCCCAGCCGAGGGAGCUUUCGCCAAGGGCCCCAGAGCCUCGGCCAGUUGAGGAGACAACAGGCAGAGCCCCUAAGCUCCAGCCUCCUCUCCCACCAGAGCCCCCAGAGCCAAACAAGUCUCCUCCCUUGACUUUGAGCAAGGAGGAGUCUGGGAUGUGGGAACCCUUACCUCUGUCUUCCCUGGAGCCAGCCCCUGCCAGAAACCCCAGCUCACCAGAGCGGAAAGCAACCUUCCCGGAGCAGGAACUGCAGCAGCUGGAAAUAGAAUUAUUCCUGAACAGCCUGUCCCAGCCAUUUUCUCUGGAGGAGCAGGAGCAAAUUCUCUCGUGCCUCAGCAUCGACAGCCUCUCCCUGUCGGAUGACAGCGAGAAGAACCCAUCAAAGGCCUCUCAAAGCUCGCGGGACACCCUGAGCUCAGGCGUACACUCCUGGAGCAGCCAGGCCGAGGCUCGAAGCUCCAGCUGGAACAUGGUGCUGGCCCGGGGGCGGCCCACCGACACCCCAAGCUAUUUCAAUGGUGUGAAAGUCCAAAUACAGUCUCUCAAUGGUGAACACCUGCACAUCCGGGAGUUCCACCGGGUCAAAGUGGGAGACAUCGCCACUGGCAUCAGCAGCCAGAUCCCAGCCGCAGCCUUCAGCUUGGUGACCAAAGAUGGGCAGCCUGUUCGCUAUGACAUGGAGGUGCCAGACUCGGGCAUCGACCUGCAGUGCACGCUGGCCCCUGAUGGCAGCUUCGCCUGGAGCUGGAGGGUCAAGCAUGGCCAGCUGGAGAACAGGCCCUAACCCCACCCUCCACUGCCGGCUCCACGCUGCCGGAAGCAGCCUUCCUGCUCGGCGCACAACGCUGCCCUGAAACACAGGCUCAGCCGCUCCCAGGGAUCUGCCAGCCCCCGGCUCAGCAGUGGGACCAGGGCCUGGCAGCAGCAAGGUGGGGGCAAGCAGAACGCCUCCCAGGAUUUCCCACCUGAGUCCUGCCCCACCCUGCUGAGAAAACACUCUGCCACGUGAGGAGACAGAGGAGGACGGCAGGAGUUCCCUCGGGAAACAAACAGGAUCUUCUCUGCCCUGCUCCAGUCGAGUUGGCCUGGCCCGCUUGGAUCAGUGACCAUUUGCUGGCAGACAGGAGAGAGCAGCUUCCAGCCUGGGUCAGAAGGGAUGGGCGAGCCCCUCGGCCCCUCACCCUCCAGGCUGGUGUGAGGGUGUCGAGUGAGUAAGGGCCCACACUCAGGCUCAGUGCAGAACCAGGUCAGCAGGUAUGCCCACCCGUAGGUUAACGGGAGGCCUCUGACCCCCUUGCCCGGCCUCACCUGGCCAGCUCAUCCCUUUCGGGUGUAGGGGAAAGGAAUGCCUGAUCCCAGAAGGCUCCCUGGUAGAAUACACCACGCUUUUCAGAUUGUUGUAACACAGGUCCUGAGUUGACUUCUGGUUCAGCCAACGACCAAAGAAGGUGUGUAAGUGAAGUGGUUCUCAGUCCCCAGACACGUGCCCCUUUGCUGCUGGCUAUCACUCUUCCCCAGCGCAGCAGACCCUGAGCCCCUUCAGGCCCAACACUGCCCCAGACUCACUGGCGCUCUUCCCUCAUCUAUAAAGGUGAAGGGUGAUGCAGGAUGUGCCUGACAGGAACGGUCUGUAGAUGGACAUGAUCAAUACUAAGGAAAGCAGCAGACAGAGACGCUCCGGCACCCCAGCCCCACUGUCAGCGUCCAGGGUGCGGGCCCCCCAGAGCACAGCUCACACGAACACUCACCCUGCCCUGCCCCGGGCCGGAGGGUACUGCUGACGGCACUUUGCACUCUGAUGACCUCAAAGCACUUUCAUGGCUGCCCUCUGGCAGGGCAGGUCAGUGACUCUGUAGGAGCAUAGCAGGCCAGGAGAUGGGGUGAAGGGACAGUCUUGAGCUGUCUACAUGCAUAUGACUCCUCAAACCUCCUCCAGAUUUCUCUAAUAGCAACCACUUCCCCACUGCCCCAGCUUAGCCUCUUCUCCCAGGGGAGCUACUCAGGACUCAUGUAGCAUUAAGUCAGCUGUGAAUUGUCAGGGGGGUGUCAGCUAGCCUCAGCCUCCUGGGGUGGGGGACGCUGAGACUCCUUGGGAGAAGCUCAUCCCCACGUCUUGCCAAGACAGCCUUUGUCCAGCUGUCCACAGCGAGCCAGACUGCUCCCGGGGAGACAGCCCCGGCCCCCAGCACAUAAAGAACUGCAGCGUUGGUACUGCAGUGUGGGUUGUAGAGAACUCUUUGUAAGCAAUAAAGUUUGGGGUGAUGACAAAUGUUUCCAGGCCA